CGCCGCAGGAAGAUGAGGCAGCGGCGGCGGCCGCGGGCGUAGCGGGCCGGACCGAGCCCAGCGACACGGCCGGCGGGCACCGCGGCCUCCGUUCGCGUCGCCUCCGCCAGUGCCCGGACCGCGGACGGUCCGCAGAGCGGAUACGCGGGGAGCCGGGCUACGCGCCACCGCCCACGCGCGCCCCUCGGGGCCGCGACGCCCCUUUGUCCGGGGGGGCCGUUCAUGUCGCCGCCCCCCGCGCGCUGCGGGCCGGGCCGCGCCGAGCAGGGCUGUCUCUAGGCCUGAGGAGCCCCUCCUGGCCGUUGGCCACAGGGCUCCCGUUGCUGCUGGAGAAUGAACCAGCCGCAGAGGAUGGCGCCCGUGGGCACGGACAAGGAGCUCAGUGACCUCCUGGACUUCAGCAUGAUGUUCCCCCUGCCGGUGGCCAAUGGGAAGAGCCGGUCUGCCUCCCUGGCUGGUGCCCAGUUUGGAAGCUCAGGUCUGGAGGACCGGCCCAGUUCAGGCUCGUGGGGCGCCAGUGAGCAGAACAGCUCCUCCUUCGACCCCAGCCGGAGCUAUGGUGAAGGUGCCCAGUUCAGCGAGUCCCACGCCAGCCUCUCUUCGUCCACAUUCCUAGGACCCGGGCUCGGAGGCAAGGGCGGCGAGCGGGGCACAUACACCCCCUUUGGGAGAGACGCAGGGGUUGGCAGCCUGUCUCAGGCUGGCUUCCCUCCCAGCGAGCUGGCCCUUAGCAGCCCAGGGCCGCUGUCCCCCUCAGCUGUCAAGGGAGGGACCCAGUAUUACUCCUACUCUGGCCACCCUCGGAGGAGAGCUGCGGACAGCGGUCUGGAUGCACAGCCCAAGAAGGUCCGAAAGGUGCCACCAGGUCUCCCAUCCUCGGUGUACCCACCCAGCUCAGGUGAUGACUACAGCAGGAACACAGCUGCCUACCCGUCCACCAAGACCUCCAGCAGCGCCUACCCCACCCCCUUCUACAUGGCAGAUGGCAGCUUGCACCCCCCAGCCGAACUCUGGAGCCCCCCAGGCCAGGCAGGUUUUGGGCCCAUGCUGGGCGGUGCCUCGUCCCCCCUGCCCCUCCCACCAGGUGGCAGCAGCUCCGUGGGCAGCGGCAGCGGUGGGUUUGGUGGCCUACACCAGCACGAGCGCAUGGGCUACCAGCUGCACAGCACGGAGGUGAAUGGCGGGCUCCCAGCCGUGUCCACCUUCUCCUCGGUCCCGGCAGCCGCCUAUGGAAGCGUCACCAGCCACACGCCCCCUGUCAGCGGGGCCGACGGCCUCCUGGGCUCCCGUGGGACCACAGCCAGCAGCUCAGGGGACGCCCUUGGGAAGGCACUAGCCUCGAUCUACUCCCCAGAUCACUCAAGCAAUAACUUCUCAUCCAGCCCCUCAACCCCCGUGGGCUCCCCACAGGGCCUGGCAGGGACGUCACAGUGGCCCCGAGCUGGAGCUCCUGGUGCCUUAUCGCCCAGCUACGAUGGGGGCCUCCAUGGCCUGCAGAGCAAGAUGGAGGACCACCUGGAUGAGGCCAUCCAUGUCCUCCGCAGCCACGCCGUGGGCACAGCAGGGGAUGUGCACGGGCUGCUGCCUGGCCACGGGGCACUGGCCUCAGGCUUUGCCGGCCCUGUCAUGCCACUGAGCGGGCGGCACGCUGGCCUGGUGGGAGCUGGCCACUCAGAAGAUGGCCUUUCAGGCAGCAGUGGCCUCAUGCACAACCACGUGGCCCUCCCCGACCUUUCUCGACCACCUGACUCCUAUGGUGAUCUCGGGCGUGGCGCCUCUGGAGCUGGUGAGAUCAAGCGCGAGGAGCAGGAGGAUGAGGAGAACUUGGCGGCUGAGCAUGAGGAGGAGAAGAAGGAGCCCAAGGCCCCGCGCGUGCGCACCAGCCCGGAGGAGGACGAGGACGACCUUCUCCCCCCAGAACAGAAGGCUGAGCGGGAGAAGGAGCGCCGGGUGGCCAAUAACGCGCGGGAGCGGCUGCGGGUCCGAGACAUCAAUGAGGCUUUUAAGGAGCUGGGGCGCAUGUGCCAGCUGCACCUCAACAGUGAGAAGCCCCAGACCAAACUGCUCAUCCUGCACCAGGCCGUGUCGGUCAUCCUGAACCUGGAGCAGCAGGUGCGAGAGCGCAACCUGAACCCCAAAGCGGCCUGCUUGAAGCGACGAGAAGAGGAGAAGGUGUCGGGCGUGGCUGGAGACCCCCAGAUGGUGCUGUCAGCUGCCCACCCUGGCCUGGGUGAGGCCCACAACCCCACCGGGCACAUGUGACAGGGACACGGCCCGGUCAAGUGACCUGACUUCAAUCUAACUGGGACGGUCACGCCAGCAUCAGGUCCCCAUCUCAUGUACACCUGCAGUCAGUGCCGAGCCAGUGCGGACCUGGAGGCUCUGGUGUUGGGGCUCUGAUGGCAGGCCCCACCCCAGGACUCAGCCACCCUACCACUGGCCUGCACCCAGGCCCAAGGGAGCAUUUUUUGUUUUUGAUAAAACUGGAAAGAAAAGUAAACAGGAGAUAUAUACACUUUGUCAGAAAAGGAAAAAAAAUGCCUUAAGUAUAAAAUGAGGAAGUACCGCUCGCUGGAGGGGCUGUAAGGGAGCCAGCUGGGUCAGAGCUGCCAGCAAAUUGUGCCUACGCCUUGAUACUUUUUUUAAGGAGAAUAAAAGGAACUUUAGUUAUGAGAUUUUUUUUUUUUUUUAAUGUAGAAGAAAAUUAGCAAAGAAGAUGCCUUUGGUCUUUUUUUUGUUUUUUACUUUUUUUGCAUAUGUUUUGUAAGCAACAAAUUUUUUUUGUAUAAAAGUCUUGUGUCUCUUGCUAUUUCUGCUGCUGUUUCUAGAACUGAGCAUUGCAUUUCAUGAUCAACCAGAUUAUUAAAAGUUGUAUUAAAAAGACCCAAUGUAAACCUGAGGUCCCCACCCCUGCUCCAAAGCAAAGCAAACAGGACAGUGGGUUUUGUCCCUGCUGCUUCUCCUCUUGGUUUGGCUACCUGUAAAGUGGCAGGUGGGCCUUUCCCUGGAGGGACCUCCCCGUCUCAUCCACCCUCCUCCCUCAGGAAGGGGGACACCCUGGCCCCUCAGUGGAGAUGCUUCCCAGUCAUUGCCAAGGCUGGCCCCAGAGCCCUGAGUUGGGACUUAGUGGGAACCGUUGUACCUGAGCAUGGGGACCAUUCUGCCAGAACACAUGCUGGGGGGCUUCCCUAAACAACUCUUCCUGCACCCCUUUGACUAGGGGACCUGAGCCUGUUCUCUGAACUCUGGUACAGGAGCUGUGGCUCGCAGCCAGCACAGAAACCCCUGCCCCUUAACUGGCCAACCUGGUGUGGAUGGAUCAGGGAGAGGGUACUGGGUUCCCCUGCCCAGAAAGGCCAGGUUUAACACCCAGCUGCAAACCAGAGUGUGGAACCACCCUCAGCCUCUGCCCCAGCUCCCAGUGUCCCAAAGUAUAUCUCUCCCGCUUGUCCUGGGCUGCCUGGAGCUGUCCCAGGUGCAAGUUGAAAGUCCAGGGCAGUUGAUCACCUUCCGUGUCACCUGGGCAGGGGGCCAGGUCUGCUGGGGUCUCAGCUUCCUUCCCUUUACCCCCACCUAGAGGCCUUAUGGACCACCCCACCCCCCGGUUUUUUGCCACAUGCACCCCACCAGGAUCCCAGGUGUCUUCCCCCAGGACCCCCAACCCUCACUCCCAGAGCACCAGGGCUGCCUGACACCCGCCCUACCCCUGCAACUGGAACACCUCGCCUUGUGGGAACCCAGGAGCCAGCACGGGCAGGACUUCCCAGCUUGGCCCCCCAUUCAGGGGACUCCCCUUGGUGACUCCCCUGGUCUGUGGGCCACCUCCUGACCCCUGGGGUCUGCCCCCGAGACCAUUCAGGGGACUCUCCUUGGUGACUCCCCUGGUCUGUGGGCCUUGUCGCUGGGGAACCUGCCUCAGUUUUUCUGUCUCUGGCCUCAGGUGGUCUCAUCUCAGACCCACAUGGUCCCAAGACCUGCACACUUUGAAAUGUGUAUUACAUAUAUAAUUUAAAUACUUAUAUAUAUACACACAUAAAAUGAGAUUAACCCAGCCUUGGAGGAGGGGAAGAACCACAGUUACAGGGGAAAUUGUUCUCUGAGUGCCUCAGGAUAACUGAUUUUUUUUUUUAAUGGUUUUUUAAAGAAGAAUAAUUUUAUACAAGUGUCAACACAGCUGGCUGGAUUUUUUUAACGAUCCUCUUUAAAGUCGAUUUAGAGACCUGUCCUGUACAUAACAGCACUGUAGCAAUAAAUGUGACAUUUUAUGGCUGUCCCCAGAUCA